GUAGCUAUAACUUAGAUUGUGCACAGUAACCAGGUCAGCAUGUGAUAACUGUCCCUGCAUAACACCGCGUUGCCGUCUACACACAUAGCGGAGCCUAGAGCACACCCGUAUUGUCAGGUAUCAGAAUGUGGACAGGAAUGAGGUUUGCGCUUGUGGCUUUGUUGGCGGUGUUUCAAAUUGCGAGGCUACAGAAAGUGUCAACUCUAAAUGGCCUUCUUCUGGGACAACGUUUGUCAGUGCUAGGCAAAUCUCUUGACGUAUUCUAUGGAAUCCCAUACUCUAAGCCCCCUCUGGGCGACCUCCGCUUCAAGUACCCCCAGCCUUCAGAGUCUUGGGGACCGGAAGCUAGGGAUGCACAGAAACCGACGCCAUCUUGCAUUCAACCUAAACAUGCGUUUGUGCCUAUUGAGACUUACAGACAGACCCCUGGUGAUUACAGUGAAGACUGUCUUCAUCUUACAGUGUGGGCGCCAACAGACAAUGGUGGCCAUUUAGCAGUGAUGGUUUGGAUCUACGGUGGGGGUUGGUAUUUUGGAUCUACACGACCGUAUGAAGGUAAAUACCUUGCAGCAGAGAAUGACGUCAUCGUUGUAUCAAUGAACUACAGAUUAGGGCCUUUAGGCUUCAGCUACCUGGGGCCAGAUACCAUCCCUGGCAACAUGGGCUUGAUGGAUCAAAGACUGGCCCUACAGUGGGUGAAAGAUAACAUUGCCAACUUUGGCGGGGAUCCAUCCCAAGUGACCAUAUUUGGAGAAAGUGCUGGUAGUGGCAGCGUAGGUCACCACUUAGUGUCACCUCUGUCACGCGACGUGUUUGACAAAGCCAUCAUGCAAAGCGGGACUCACAUUUCUCCAUGGGCUUACGCUGUGCCCAAAACAGCAAAACGAAAGAUGAAGAGGUUUGCUGAUCUCCUCGAAUGUCCAUCAUCUUCAACUGAUGCAGACAUCUAUGACUGCUUGAAGACAGCAGAUGCCCAAACUAUGGCUGACGUUCAGCUCGGUAUGUUAGACGAAGGACUUGGAUUCAUACCAGUUGUGGAUGGCUACUUUCUCCCCGAUGACCCCACAACUCUUCUGUCCAGCGGUUCCAUCAAACAGACCAGUGUAUUGCAUGGUUUUACUAAAGAUGAAACAACACUGUUUUCGGCAAAAAUGUUGAUGCAGAUGAGAAACGUAUCGACAUUACCGGAAACAUUGAUUUUAAGUCGCCCAGAGUAUGAUCGUCUUCUUUCAGUUGACUUUGCAAGUGGUAAAGGAAUUCCAGAACCCCUUCGUCUGUUUUAUGAAAGUCAGAAAGCCCCCUUAAAGGAGGCACACUAUUUUGAUGUCGUAAAUCACUUGCUUUCGGAUACGGAAAUGAAAUGUCCUCAUCUUGAGUUUGACAGAUUGUACACUGCUGCUAACCCUACUUAUGUGUACAGUUUUAACCACCGGCUAUCAAUUAUUCCCUAUCCACAGUGGAUAGGAGCAACUCACUCCUACGAGGUUGAGUUUGUGUUUGGUUUGGUCCUCGAUGAGACUCUAGGAUGUACACAGGAGGAGGUGGAACUCAGCAGGACCAUCAUGACCUACUGGACCAACUUUGCCAAGUCAGGUGACCCUAACGCUCCGGUCCGAGUGAAGGUGGACUGGCCGGCCUCUGACAACACUGACCUCACCUACAUGGCCCUUGACGUGGGCAACAACUUAGCAGCAGGACACGGGGUAGUCCAUCACGAAUGUGUCUUCAUCAACAGGAUUCUACCCAUGAUUACUACAGACCCACCGGAAGGGCAGGAGUACUGCACGAGAGGAUGAAAGGACAGCCUAAUAAUAAUCAGUAAAAAUACAUGGAACCUGAUGAUUUGUAUGUGUCUGGUUUAACACUCUAUUAAAUAGUUUAUCAGUUAUAUCAUUGCAUGCCAGCUGGGUGGAGCAGGGAUAUGCAAAGAAGCCCAGAUCGGACACAGUUCUCGCAGUGAAUGGACGCAACUCUACAUAGAUAAUGUGACGCCUUCUCGCAUCCACCAUCACCCAAACCACACCCUUAUAUACCUAACUAUGACUGCAUGGAAUAAAUGAUUUGCCUGGU